AUGUUGGGAUUCCUCAACACAAAGAUUCCCAGAAUGAACAUGUAUUCUCCAUUAUUGUUUUCAGUAAUAAUAGUCUGUCUGUCAAUUUCUAAUGCAGAUAUACAACAGAUAAGAGAAAAAAGACAAGACGAAAUAAACGUUUACCUGUGUGGGGGUACAUCAGGUGGCAACGGUUACGGAGAUGGGGGUUACGGAUAUGAUUCCAUGAUGUGGCCUAUGAUGAUGAUGCCAUGGUUCAUGAUGAUGCCUUUUAUGAUGGGAGGCGCAGGAUUACUACAGCGAAGAGAAAAAAGACAGGAUAAUGGUUAUGAUUCAUCAUAUAACGCCAUGAUGAUGAUGUGGCCCUGGAUGAUGUUGCCGCUUAUAUACGGUGGCUACGGCGGUUAUGGUGGCUACGGCGGUUACGGCGGCUACGGCGGUUACGGUGGCUACGGCGGUUACGGUGGCUACGGCGGUUACGGUGGCUAUGGAUUACUACAGCGAAGAGGAAAAAGACAGGACAUCCACAUAUUACAAGAUCAGCCAUCAGGGAAUGGCAAUGGUGGUUAUUAUGGUUCAUCAUAUAACUCCAUGAUGAUGAUGUGGCCCUGGAUGAUGUUGCCGCUUAUGUACGGCGGCUACGGCGGUUACGGUGGCUACGGCGGUUACGGUGGCUACGGCGGUUAUGGUGGCUACGGCGGUUACGGUGGCUACGGUAACUCUGCUAUAUCUAGAAUUUGGCCUUGGUAUAUGGGCAUGGCUAUGGGUUGCGCCAUGUGUGGAAACUAUAACUAUUAAAUGUUCCGACGCUCUCUCUGUUGUC